CCUAAUCAUAAUAGCUUUUAAAUUCGUAUUAUUAAUUGGUUAUCUUUAUUACAAACAUUGUUUACUGAUUAUCAUUCAGAUUUAUUUCGUUAAUUAUCAUUAAUUAAUUUUAUUGAUUGAAUCGUUAUAAAUUCCUUAUUACGAAUUUGUUUCGAAGGGUUUACGGAAAUUUAUUUUUUCAUGUUUGAUUAGGUGUCUACAGUCCAUCAGUGGGACAGGGGAUUGUAUGUAUAUUGCUUGAUUGUUCUACCACUGUUCCCACUCUCCCUACCCCCCGUGUUCUGUGAUUUCCGGGACCUCUCAAGCACCGCAUCGAUUCAGACUGAUGUUGACGGAACAGGACACCGGGGCACUGCCACGACGCAGUGCCAGAAUCGCAGUUCCUGCCCGCCCUGCAGUACCUCCAAGACCGAAGAAACUCAGCAGCCGGACGACUCCAGCAGCAUCAAGUACGACAUUGACGGUACAAGACGCCACCGGAGAUCAUCCCGCAUACCCAGUCCGAGGAGCCAAUGAGCCAGCGGCUGAUUAUCGUGGGCGGCUACUGGCAUUUACAGAAGCCGUAGCUGCCGUCGAGGCUCGAAAGGAGACAGCAGAGGCAGAACGUCAGCGGCUAGCCAAUGAAGCGGCAACCGAAGCUCAGCGAACGACUGAGACUGACGCGGCGACACGAGACAGACGGAAUGCCAGCAGCACGGAGUCCUUGAUUGCUUGUGAGCAUCAGUGGACAACGAUACUCCAAGACAUGAUCUUUGUGCCUACAGAAGCGCAGGCAGACCCGACCCCGGCGGAGGCAGAGAGAAGUAUCCCGACUAACUUGCUGCUGGGCAUGAUGAGAGGUAUUAUAUCAGACACCGAUGAGGGUAGAGUUGACAAUGCGAGAUUGACAUGUUCGAGAUCACGUAGGGUCCCGUACGUGUUCCAGACCCUACAGUUGGGAGACGAAGCUCGGCUUCGUGCCGAACGUAGAGCCCGUGCUCUUGCAGUAGUGAGGGCAACAGCAAACCUAACAGCUAGAGAACAGGCAGCAGCAGCCAGAGCAGCAGCAAUGGCUAACGGCGCAGCCUUUGGUGCAUCCUCGUCUGGGACUCAGUUGGGGAUGCCCCUUGGAUCCCCGGGUACUUCCGGAUCAGUAGGUUCUGGUCAGUCCGCAAGUCAAAUGGCGGGCUCGCAGUUAAGCUCGUUGACCCCACGCGGUAGGGAGCUCCUAGAGCUUCAACAGGUCGAAAGGAUCCGCGAGCGGUUAGAGAGGGAACUGAAGCAAGCAACCGAUAGAGAAAGAGAGAUCAAAAAUAGAACAGCCAGGCUUGAUACGUUAGAGGCAGACAAAGCUGCAUUAGAGGGUUUUGAUGAAUCAACCAUGAUUGACCAAGUGAAAAUAUUGAAGAACAACAUGUUGUCGCUGCAUGCGCAUGUGGACAACAGGUUAGACUUCAUGCAGAACUCUUUAGACCAGAUCUUGGACCUUUUGCAAAGGCCAAGAUUCCGACCAGCAGGACAGUCGCCGUUGCUAUUAAUGACGAUGUCAGGCCCCUUGUUGGUACAAGCUGGCACGCAGCCAAGUGGGACAACAACAAGGUCAAUGGUACCCAAAGACCCCUAUGAAACCGCCCUUGCCUUCUCCGGAGAGAAGAAGGACGAGGAACUCAACACAUGGUUGAGAACGGUUCCAGUAUGGGUAAAGGCGAAGAGGACUUUGCAGGCGGAGGAGGUGAUUAUUGCUGCAUUUUACCUUGAGGGUAAGGCAGCCAAAUGGCUGGAUGGUUUAGUCGCAAAGGCCGGGUACGGACGACGCAUGGCGGACUGGGCUAAGACCAUUACGUUACACCAGUUCUUAGAAAUGGUAAAAGCUCGUUGGCACAAUCCACAGCAGGCACAAAUUGCCACUUAUGCGAUGCACAGAGUAGACCAAAGAAAGUUCAAGUCAGUCAGAGAGCUUACGACUACUGUAGAGAGCCUCAUCGUCGUUCCUGGCAUAAACUACGAUGACCAGUUCUUGCUGACCACGUUUGUGAGAUGUCUCCCAGAGAAUCUCAGAAAUUUGCUGGCCAGCGAGGUUCGCCUCGAGUAUCACUCAUUUGAGACCUUAUAUAGAAAAGCCUUAGAUUUAGAGGCCACUCUAGGAAGUGCUCAACCUACUUCAGUUGACGCGAGGAAGAAGAAGAGUCCACAGGAAUGGAAGAAGAAGGGGAGCAAAUUGAUGAUGGUUGAGUCCAAUGGGACUCAAACGGAGAUCGAAGAGCUCACAGACCUGUUGGACUAUUYAGAGUACGACGGCGAGGAKAUCGSUGAGGGUAGCACCCUCGCCGCRGUAGUUAAGACUAAGGCYGGUGGCCGAGGGAARGRCCAUCAAAAGAGUCAAGGGCAGGYCGCCUCCAAUCAGACCAAAGUUGCUGAUUGGRUSAAGGCAGGUCUUGAUCAGGAAGUGUGGCGGGACCGUAGAUCUGAGCUGGCGAACCUCCAACGGGCCGUACGGAACCACAAGGAUCAGCACGAGGAUGCAGCACGGGCACUUGAUUCCCGUGUACAGGACUUGGAGCAAACUGCACCAAGAUCGGAGGCUGGCGAGUCCAGCAGUGCAUCCUCUGCCCGCCAACUGGAGGAACGCGUCGAUCACGUAGUGGCAAUGCUAGGUGAUAUUAGCACCUUCGCAGCGCCAGCCACCAUCAGCCAGCAGUCGGACACACCGAAGACCGAGACCAGGCAGCGACAACAACCGUCUGACCCCGAUCGCAGCACCAGCACGGCGAAGCAUUACAAGAUGCCGACUUUCCGGAUCGAGAAGUUUUAUGAUUACGCACAUCAAGACCCGGUCGUUUGGUGGCAAGGAUUCACAACGGAGUUGAGGAUUCAUGAGGUCCCCGAGCAUCUGUUUAUCGGCGCGCUGUUCCUUAGCGCCAAGGGAGAAUGCCAGAUCUGGCUCAACCAUAUGGCAACCGUCCACGGCGUCCAGGUCUUCGAUCUACACAAGGUGGUCUCCUGGGAGGAUCUGACGAAGGAAUGGAAGAAGCGGUUCAUCGUUGAUGACGCCCCGACGCUCGUCAUCAACCGCAUCUUCACGAUGGCUGAAGGAAACACAACGACACGUGAUUGGCUCACGGAUUGGCAGAAGAUCGUGGCGACGCCCGAUCUGGACUUACCAUUUCCGCAUCUGCAUCGGGAGCUCUACAACCGGUCAUGCGCCGCUUUGAGCCUCGCACUUGGUGAUCGCGAGCAGUACAACACCUUCGCCGAAAUCGUCAACAAGGCGAGGGAGAUCAUCAAGACAAACUGGGCAGUUGCACAUGAGAAAUCAGCAUGGCAGCCAACCUUUGUGGAGAAGGUGAGAACUGGUCCGCGACCGCAGCAUGUCGCUGCAGUCCAAUCGGACAACAUUGUGGAAGACCCGACAACCACCCGAGCUUGCGCAGGAGGUGAGGCGACUCCACUUCUCACUCCGCCAGAUUCGGCCGCCUUGCUAGCGGCCUCCUACACAUCUGGGGAGGAUGCAAAUGUCGCAAGUCCUCGGUACACUUACGAGGACUAUGUUGUCUGCUUGGUCCCACCGUUGGACCAACUGCUCCACGUGCAACAAUCUACCGCAUGCACGGUUUCAUCACCAUCGACAUCCAAUUCGGCACCUUCGACGCCAUCUACCGCCGGGGACUCAACGUCAUGGUCAAGACUUGAAGAGCUCGACCCGUUGACAUUUGCGGACUUCCAAGGGAUGCCCCUUCCCCGGUCCAGUCGAUUGCCAAAACCGCAUUGCAAUGUGCUCAUGGCACAAUUGCGGGAUUACUUGCACACUGCAGUACCGACUCCGUUGAUGGACGCCGGAGUAGAGGUUGUCGACCUUCACGCCUACAUUGCGAAGAUCGACCGCAAGUUCAAAACACAACGGUACGACGACAUCGACGCACCAUUGUUAUAUGUGCGCAUUCAGAUCGGAGAGGCGACCUGCAGCGCUUUGAUCGAUUGCGGAGCAUCUCGCAACUACAUGAGCCAGGACUUUAUGCGAGGAUCACCCAGUGAACUUCUGCCUCGCACCGUUCACAUUCGUGAUCGGAACGGAGUACUAGUCCCAUGCACGGUAGCUCCUCCUCACCCUUCGAUCAGUUGCCACGUGGUGUCCGCCACAAGCAUGCGAGCUUCCAUCAUCAGAGACGACAUCGAGGAGAUGGGGGUGUGUUUUCCCCACACCCUCCCGCCCCAUGACGCUUCAUCGACGGACUCGUCUUCGAACCCACUCAUCACCGAGUUUCUCGACGCCUACGGCGACGUAUUCGAAGGCCCGCACGGAGUCGUACCGGAUCAGCCCAUUCACCACGAGAUCAUCCUCGAGGACGGGGAUGUACCUCCACGCGGUUGCAUCUACCGAAUGAGCGAGGAAGAGUUAAGUGUGCUACGGGCACAAUUCGACGACCUUCUGGAGAAAGGCUGGAUUCGGCCUAGCUCAUUGCCAUACGGUGCUCCCGUUCUCUUGGUCCGGAAGAAGAACAAGGAUUUGCGGUUGUGCAUCGAUUAUCGCAAGCUCAAUGUGCAAAUGAUCAGAAACGCCGGCCCUCUUCCAUGCAUCGACGACCAUCUCGAACGCCUGGGCGGCGCCAAGUUCUUCUCCAAGCUUGACCUCAAGUCGGGAUAUCUACAACUCGAGAUUCGGAAGGAGGACCGCUACAAGACCGCGUUUAAGACGCGAUAUGGGCAUUUCGAAUGGCUGGUUAUGCCAUUUGGCCUUAUGAAUGCCCCAACCACUUUCCAAGCGGCUAUGACAACGAAGUUCCGACACAUUCUGGAUCGAUUCGUACUUAUCUACCUCGACGACAUCCUGGUGUACAGCCGGAGUUUGGACGAGCAUGUGGAACACCUGCGCACCGUUUUGGAGCGGCUACGACAAGCCAAGUACAAAGUCAACAGCGACAAAUGCGAAUUCGCGCGGCAGGAGCUGGAGUACUUGGGACAUUAUGUGACGCCGAAACGCAUCCGUCCGCUUGUGGACAAGAUCGAGGCCCUCCGCGUAUGGCCCGAGCCGACCAACACCACGGACAUUCUCUUGGAACAACACGACGGCGACGAUUGGCACCCUGUGGAGUAUUUCAGCCACAAAGUGCCUCCCAUCAAUUCGCUUGAUGAUGCAAGGAAGGAGCUGCUCGCGUUCGUGAUGGCUCUCAAGCGAUGGCGACACUUCCUCCUCGGGCGUAGUAGGUUCACAUGGGUCACGGACAACAACCCAUUGACCUACUACAAGACGCAGGAUACGGUGAGCAGCACGAUCGGACGAUGGAUGUACUUCAUCGACCAAUUUGACUUCACACCGAAACAUCUCCCCGGCCUCUCUAAUCGCGCAGCAGAUUCACUCUCGCGAAGACCCGAUCUUUGCGCCAUGACACAUCAUGCCUUCGCAUUCGACGAGGAACUACAACGACACUUCAUCCGGGGCUAUGAAUCUGAUCCGGACUUCGCCACGUUGUAUGCGCAGUUAUCUUCGGAUCUUCCGCCGGCCAGCCACUAUCGCAUUGCCGACGGGUACGUGCUCCUCCACUCGAGAGGCAAGGACUUACUGUGUGUCCUACGAGACCGUAGUCUUCGAACUCGCCUUCUCGGGGAGUACCAUGACUCGCGACUCGCCGACGAUUUCGGAGUCAACCGCACUAUCGCACGGCUUCGACAACGAUUCCGAUGGCCCGACCUCAUUAACGAGGUCACUCGGUAUUGCGACUCUUGCGAAGUUUGCCAACGAAGCAAGCCCCGCAGUCGCAAUCCCCACGGCGAGUUGCGCCCGAGGCCUAUCCCACGAGAACCCAGCCUCUCCAUUGCCAUGGAUGUCACCGGACCAUUUCCCUGCGAUCGCCUCGGGCACGAUGGCAUCCUCACGGUUGUGGACCGUUUGAGUAAGAAUGCGCGUUUUCUCCCUUGCAAGUACAACUCCACGGCUCCCGAGCUGGCACGCCUCUUGCACACCGGUUGGAUUUGUGGCCACAGUGUCCCGGAAGACAUAGUCAGCGACCGCGACACUCGCUUCAUGUCGGCAUUUUGGACUGCUCUCAUGCACGAGUCCGGCAUGAAGAUGAAACCAAGUUCGGCUCGACAUCCACAGACGGACGGGCAAACGGAGCGGGCACAUCAAACCGCUCAAAUGAUGCUUCGUACGAUCAUCCGUCCGGACCAGAAAGAUUGGGUUGACCACCUCCCCGACAUCGAGUUCGCCUACAACACUUCGGUGCACCCGACGAUCCGCGUGACUCCAUUCGAGUUGCACCACGGUGGACGGAAAGGCUGUAUCUUCACCGACCUUCCCCUCCCACGACCAGCCGACAUCGACGCCUCUUGCUUUUCCGCUUCCGUCCGGAAGUACAGGGAAUUGCUGGCCCAAGCCCGCGCGAACAUGCAAAAGGCUGAAGUCCGCAUGCAGCAGCAAGCCAACAGGCGUCGCGUGCCAUGUCCCAUCCGCGUCGGUGAUCUGGUUUUGGUCUCCGCGGAAGAGUUUGCACUGGAACAGGAUGUUUCACGCAACCUGCUUCCCAAGUGGUUUGGACCAUGGCCCGUAACAUCAGCCGCGGGCGAUGAGCCUGAUGGCCCUGCGCAUCUGACGCUACUGCGAACUGGUGAUGAGUGGGGCGCAGGCCCCGAUCGGCAGUAUCUUGUGAGGUUUGCAUUCCAGCCUCCUUCUGAGAACAGAUGGUUCUACAGAAGGGAACUUCUCAAGACAGCNGGCCCCGAUCGGCAGUAUCUUGUGAGGUUUGCAUUCCAGCCUCCUUCUGAGAACAGAUGGUUCUACAGAAGGGAACUUCUCAAGACAGCAAAGUCAGUUGUUUUGCGGUAUGAAGCGGCUCAUAAGGUGCCUGACAGUCCGGAUGCCGACCUGGCUUCAAUGUGGGAUGCAUGUUUCGAGUUCAUCGAUGAGGCGAAGAGAAGUGGUGGCAGCGUGCUGGUUCACUGUUUUGCAGGCCGAUCAAGAAGUGUGACAAUUGUCGUGGCUUAUCUGAUGAGGACACACAAUAUGCUGCUGUGCGAUGCACUUGACCGUGUACGACGUUGCAGAGCAUGUGCAUGUCCAAAUCCUGGAUUCAUGAACCAGCUAAAGGCACUCGACAGGAGGCUUUCUCAUGCCCAGCGGCAAGGAAAGAGCAUGAAGGCAAAGUCGUCAUCCGUAAGUAUCAUAACAGGGCGCCCAUCCUCUCUCCUCGUCAACAAAAAGAUAUGGAAGAUGACCAGCAGCAGACGACACAUGUCGUCGCCAGUUGACGAUGCGAGACUGACACGUUCGAGAUCACGUAGGAUCCCGCACGUGUUCCAGGCCUUACAACCGGAAGACGAAAGACGGCUUCGUGCCGAACGCAGAGCCCGUGCACUAGCAGCAGCUAUGGAAACAGCAAACGCCGCAGCUAGGGAACAGGCCGCAGCAGCAGCCAGGGCAGCAGCCAUGACUAGCUCAGCAGCAUCCUCUGCUGCGUUGUCUGGGACCGAUGGGACCCAGUUGGGAAUGCCAACAGGGUCCUCGGGUACUUCCAGUUCGUUAGGUUCUCGUCAGUCUACAAGUCAAAUGGCGGGCUCGCAGUUCAGCCCAUUGACUCCUCGCGAAAGGGAGCUCAGAGAGCUCCAACAGGUCGAGAGGGUCCGUGAACGAUUAGAGAGGGAACUGAAGCAAGCAACCGAUAGGGAAAGAGAGAUUAAAAAUAGAGCAGCCAGGCUUGAUAUGUUAGAGGCAGACAAAGCUGAGUUAGAGGGAUUGGAUGAGUCAGGACUAUCUGACCAAAUGAACGUGUUGAAAAACAACAUGUUGUCGCUGCAUGCGCACGUAGACAGCAGGUUGGACUUCAUGCAGAACACUUUGGACCAGAUCCUGGACAUUUUGCAAAGGCCAGGAUAUAGGCCACCAGCACAGUCGCCGUUGCCGUUGACGGCGAUGUCUGGCCCCUUUCCAGUUCAAGCUGGCGCACAACCAAGUGGCACGUCUGCAGCAGCCGCACAGACAGUUGCGUCUUCUUCUUCGGGUCCAGCGGUGGGAGCUACACCACUGCAACAGCCUGUUCCACCACAGGGACAGCCGCAAGGUCAGUGGUAUCCUAAGACCCCAAUGAAACAACCUCUUGCCUUCUCAGGCGAGAAGAAGGACGAGGAACUCAACACAUGGUUGAGAACAGUUCCGGUUUGGGUGACGGCGAAGAGGACCUUGCAGGAGGAGGAGGUGAUAACUUCUGCAUCUUACCUUGAGGGUAAGGCAGCCAAAUGGCUAGAUGGUUUAGUUGCAAAGGCCGGGUAUGGACGACGCAUGGCGGACUGGGCAAAGACCAUUACGUUAGACGAGUUCUUAGAGAUGGUAGAAGCUCGCUGGCACAAUCCUCAGCAGGCACAAAUGGUCAUUGAUGCGAUAAACAGACUAGAUCAGCGAAAGUUCAAGUCAGUCAGGGAGCUUACGACUACCAUAGAGAGCCUCAUCGUCGUUCCUGGUAUCAACUACAACAACCAAUUCCUGUUGACCACAUUUGUUAGAUGUCUCCCAGAGAACCUCAGGAAUUUGCUGCCCAGUGUGGCUCGCCUUGAGUAUCACUCCUUUGAGACGUUGUCUAGGAAAGCCUUAGAUUUGGAGGCCACGCUAGGAAACGCUCAACCUACUCAGAAUGAUACGAGGAAGAAGAAGAGUCCACAGGAAUGGAAGAAGAAGGGGGCUAGGUUGAUGAUGGUCGAGUCCGAUGGGACUCAAACAGAGAUCGAUGAGCUCACAUGAGGAGAACUUAAUCAUAAGAUUUCGUUCUUGGUUAGCGACGACUUACCAUUCGACAUGUUGUUAGGCAUGUACUACCUUGAGGUUGCUAAGCCCCAGUUCGACUGGGAUAAGAAGGUGCUAAAGCAUAAGUUGCCCGAUGGCAGGACCAUCAGAUUGACUGAGUUCAAAACCAGUAGCAUUACAGAUACCUAUGGCUGCUUGUGUGCAUCAGCGUUCGACAACUAUUAUAAGCAGAACCAAGAGGAAGGUAUGUACCUAGUGUAUGUCUCUGAGAAAGGGGAGGCCGUUAAAACACCCCCAGAGAUAGAACGUGUCGUUGCUAAGUUCCCUGAUCUGUUCGAAGAGCCCACAGGGGUCGUAGAAAGGGAAGUUGUCCAUGCUAUAGAAAGCAUCCCAGGGAGUAAAACCCCUAAGGGGAGGAUCUAUAGGAUAGCUCCCGCCGAGUUAGAUGAACUCCAGCGACAACUGAAGGAGCUGACAGAGAAGGGAUGGAUCCGGCCUAGUACUUCCCCUUACGGAUCGCCAGUACUAUUUGUACCAAAGAAGGGGGGUACAUUCAGGAUGUGUAUUGACUAUAGAGGCCUCAAUGCCAUCACCGUGAAGAAGGCAGAGCCUCUACCUCGCAUAGACGACCUAUUGGAUAGAGUGCAGGGAUGCAAGUACUAUAGCAAGAUAGACUUGAAAUCCGACUAUCAUCAGAUCGCUAUAAGACCCGAGGACCAACACAAGACAACUUUUCAGAAUCGAUAUGGUCUGUAUGAGUUUGUAGUGAUGCCCUUUGGUCUUUGCAAUGCGCCGGGAACAUUCCAGCACGCUAUGAAUCGGAUCUUCCAUGACCACUUAGAUAAGUUUGUCAUGGUUUACCUUGACAACAUUCUGAUCUUUAGUAAGUCUGUCGAGGAGCAUGCACAACACGUUGAGACUGUACUUUCACUCCUGCGACAGCACAAGUAUAAGGUCAACCUAGAGAAGUGUGAGUUUGGUCGCACUAAGAUACUAUGCUUGGGUCAUGAAGUAUCCGCGGAAGGGAUUAGGCCGGAAGAUGCGAAGGUGGCUAGUAUUCGAGACUGGCCACGACCUCAAAUAGUCACUGAGGUCAGAACUUUCUUAGGAAUGUGCGGCUACUAUGGGAACUUCGUAAAGAACUAUUCUACAGUCGCCUCUCCUUUGACAGAUCUAACUCGACUUGACACGCCGUGGRACUGGAGUGAUGAGUGCGAGGGUGCUUUCAAGCGAUUGAAGCAUGCACUCAUGAAUCAUGAAGUUCUCAUGGUUCCCGAUCCUCAGAAACCAUUCAUAGUGACCACUGGCGCAAGCCAAUACGGCAUUGGCGCAGUGCUGGCUCAGCACGAUGGGAAGAAGUUGAGACCGAUUGAGUACAUGAGCAAGAAAAUGCCAUCGAAGAAAUUGGCAAAGUCCAUCUACGAAAGGGAACUCUAUGCUCUCUAGAAGGCACUUGUCCAUUGGAGACACUUCCUAUUGGGAAGGUUCUUCUACUUGAGGACUGAUCAUCAGACCCUCAAAUGGUCAAGACUCA